CCAUUAGCCCAGGAAAAAACGGAGGGGCCGGACACUACACUUACUUUUCUGGGGAUCAAACUGGAUACUAUCGCCGGCAUCUCUCGACUGCCUGCAGAGAAGCUACGGACUUUGACUCAACAGUUCGACAGGUUUCGGGCUCUGGCCCCGUACGCUUCUCCGAGUCCCUUGAGAGUGCCGGCGCACCUAUGGAAUCUUGGCGAAUAGAGGUGAACCGUGCAAUUCUCAUGUCAUUGGCUCCAUCAACCCAGCUCGCUUAUCAUCGCAGCUGGCGGGUAUUUCAAAGGUUCGUGGCAUCGAUGGGGGUGCCAGAGGAGUGGCCGAUACCAGUGGAUGUGAUCCUUCGCUUUGCAGUUCACCUCAAGGAAACUGGUUUGUCUGUGCGCACUAUUCGGGGGCGGAUAGCUGCACUAGCAUUCUAUUCACGGGCCAGGGGUUUCAUGGAUAACACAAGUGAUUUUAGGGUCCGAAGAGUUCUUGAGGGGUGGGCUAGGGAGGCACCCCCACUCCCAGACUCUCGCCUUCCAGUGUCGGAAGUGGUCCUGCAGAGGAUACUGCCAACCCUGUCAGCGAUAUGCAGCACGCCUUUCGAGACUGUCUUGUUCCAGACAGCUUUCACGGUGGCCUUUUUCGCAGCUACUCGCAUCAGUGAACUCUUGCCUAAAUCCAAGUCGGAUAAAUCUCAAAGGGCCAUUCAGGUUGACGAUAUCACAAUCGGUGAGAAGGGCGUCCUUCCUAUGGUCUGGAUCAUCGGACACAGCAUUGUAUUUUGGGCGGAACGUCAUGCAAUCUUCUCCAACAGAGGGACCGACCUGGGUUUGUCAGCGGUAGCCACCAUCCGUUGGGCAGGCCGCCGGGGAAUGUUGUGGGGGGCAUUCCUCCCACGUGUGAUUGAGAUGGCAGCGGAAGGAACGCCCCCGGAUGUCAUAUUAAUACACCUGGGGGAGAAUGACUUGGUAAGGAUGCCCGGAUUGCAGCUCGUGGGACGGAUGACAUCAGACCUUCACCAAUUACGACGGCGAUUUCCUCAAGCGACUAUUCUCUGGACGAGGCUGCUACCUAGACGGGCAUGGCCGGGUGCUCGGAGUGAAUCUGCAAUCAAUGCAGCAAGGCGACAUGUUAACCGGGAUAUAACACGGAACUUGGCUUGGAUAGGGGGGCGGGCAGUUUCACACCGAGACAUACGGGUCGAACUGCCCGAUUUGUUCAGGGGUGAUGGUGUCCAUCUGUCCCCUCGCGGAUGUGACCUUUACCUGGAUGAGAUGUCCAGGGCCAUUGGGGGUUCCAUAAGUGAUAGGGCUGGUGGGGGGAGGAGUGGCCAAGCUGGGCUGGCCCCCUCCUGUGGCGGUAAUGGUCAGCCCUGUCACUAAUGGAGGGCAGAUUUAUGUGUGACAGGCAUACAACAGAAGGACAGAAAAAUGAUUUAUGGGGGUAAUAAAAUAAUUAACAGUUUGACAAAUGAUUUAUGAGCUUGUCAAAGAUAAUUUAUGAGGGCAAUUAUCUUUGAUUUAUGGGCUAAAUUUUGAUGGAUUGCGAUUAUGAUUUAUGAUAGAUUUAUGGUUAAUUAUGAGUGAUUUAUGGAUUAUUUCUUGAUUGAUUUAUGACCUGGAUUUGGCUUGCCUACUCUGUGCCUGUCACACAUGUAAUUAAUUUCUUAUGCAAUAA